GAGGCUCAGACCUGUGCUGCUUAAGCAGCCGCUGCCACAGUUGACCUAGCGUUCCUCCAGCCCGCCGCUGAGCUGAAGACACUGGAGGAAGAAGAGGAGGAGGAGGAGGAAGAGGUGGUGGGGGCAGCAGCAGCCUAAGGAACUGGGGAGUUCGUAUGGCCGCUCCCAGUUGGCAGGUGGUGCGCGCUGCUGAUACAGCUGCUGUGUCGAGCUUCGGGCGGCUUUGAGCCGUAGCGGUCUCUUGGGGAUCGCCCUACCCAGCGCUACCGAGCCAGAACCAGGGCGAGGAGGAGGAGGAGGAGGCGGUGGCAUCUGCCACCGGGGGCGAUGUGGCCGGCUGGGGCGGGCAGCAAGCUGCCCUGUGCCCGAGACUCGGCUCUCCGGCGGGCGGCUUUCUCCGGGAACCUCACAGCUUUGCCUUCCCACCUAGUGCCGGCCGGCAGGAGCGUCCGGGUCUUCAUCAGCGCCAAUCCUGAAGAUACAGGAGCAGAACGACAAGCUCUAAGAGAAAAUGUGUAUCCCAAGCUGAGGGAAUUCUGCAGAGAAAACUAUGGACUGGAAUUUCAGGUCAUAGAUUUAUACUGGGGCCUAGAUGAAGAUGAAUGGGACAGUCCUGAACUCCAAAAGACCCGUAUGAAGCUUUUAGAAGAUUGCUUGAAAACAUCUGCAGGUCCAUGUUUUGUUGGACUCUUAGGUGAAAAGUAUGGAAACAUCCGAAUUCCUGGAGAAGUUGAAUCAUCAGAAUUUGAAAUGAUUUUGGAUGCUGCCAUAGAAGCAAAGCUGGAAACAAUGCUCGAAGAAUGGUACUGCCGAGAUGAGAACUCUGUUCCAGCAGCCUAUUACCUCAGACCUAAAUGUGAAAUGCUGAAAAGCAAUAAGAACUCAAUGCUGUCUUCUGCCAAUGCUGAGAAUGAAAAAAAAUGGCAAGAGAUAUCAGAGGAAAUAAAGAAGAUUUUUAAGACAGCUGUGAAAUUGCUACAUGAAAAGGGGAAAAUGAAGCACAGCCAAGCCAAGAGAUAUCUCUUUUCAGCUAUUGAAGAUGAGUUUGACUUUGCUUUGGGAAAACAAACACCAGCAUUCCUAAAGAAAUGUGUUUGCUACAUUAGAAAAAUUGCAAACAUUGAACGUUUUGUGAAAAUUCCAGCAAUGGGCAAAUACAUGGACAUAACUGGGACAGAACCAAGAAUUAUCCGAGACCCAGAAGCCCACGAGAAACUGAUAAAACUCAGGGAUGAAUUUAUUCCUACCAUUGUUGCAUCAUCUAAUCUGAGAGUCUACACUUCCGUUACACAUUGUGACAUGAAAUUAGGUUAUUCACAAGAAGUAGAGAACCAUUAUAUAGAAGGACUUGGUAAACAGUUUUAUGAGGAUAUGAUUGACAUCAUUCAGGCAACUGUACAACAGAAUUUUGACACAGAAACUGAUACACUGUAUGACGAAAUUCUUCAGCACUCAUCAUUAUGUAAAACAUAUGCCUCCUUCUAUGAGUACAAAUGUGAAUCUCUAAAUAUAGUACAUAAAUACCUUCUUCCCAGCAAAGCAGGCCACAUUAACCCUCUCAUCACCUAUGGAGGACCUUGUACUGGAAAAACUCUUCUGUUAGCUGAAGUAGCCAAGAAGGCUUAUGGUUGGCUACAGGAAGAGAUGGGACCUGAAUCUGACCCAGUCAUAAUUGUAAGAUUUCUAGGAACCACAGACAUGAGCACUGAUCUUAAGAAUCUACUUCUAAGCAUCUGUGAACAGUUGGCAGUUAACUACCGGUGUCUGGUGCAAAGCUAUCCUAAGAAGGUUCAUGAUCUUCGUGACUUGUUUAUAAAUCUCUUGAAUGAGUCUUCAUUUCAGAGGCCCUUGGUAAUAAUAUUUGAUGCUCUAGAACAGCUCUCUGAUGUCGAUGAUGCCAGAAAACUUUGGUGGCUCCCCGUUCACCUUCCCUGUUUUGUACGAAUAGUACUAUCCACGCUGCCCAAUAAACAUGGGAUCCUACAAAAACUGAGGUGCCUUAUCCAUGAAGAAGACAACUACAUUGAGCUCAUUCCAAGGGACAGAAAAAUGUGCAGUCAGGUCCUAAAACACCAGUUGCUACGUGUCAAAAGGAAAGUGACAUCAGGGCAACAAAUAUAUGUCAAUGAAGCUCUCUCCAAGUGCACAUUGCCAAUGUUUGUGAACUUAACCUUCAGGGAGGUGAGAAAUUGGAGGUCCCACAAAGAUGUGGAUGAGUCCUCCCUCUGUGUCACAGUCCAUGAAAGCAUAGAGCAGUUAUUUUCGUCCCUGGAGAAGAAAUGUGGGCAGAAACUAGUAUCCCGAGCUCUGGGUUACAUCACCAUGGCUAAAAUGGGUUUGAGUGAAAUGGAGUUGGAGGAUGUUUUAGCACUGGACAACAAUGUUAUGAAUGAGCUAAAUGAGAAUAUACGGCCAAGCAACCCCCUGCGGGUGCCUUAUGUAUAUAUCGCAAGGCUCAAGGAGGGUCUGAGUGGAUACUUGAUAGAACGGCAUGUGAAAAACGUCACACUUUUGGUAUGGGCCAAUAGGCACCUACAGCUGAUAGCUCAGAAGCUUUACCUACAUAAUGACACUGACUUGCAUGAAAUGCAUACAAUCCUAGCAGAUUAUUUUCUGGGGGUCUGGUCUGGUGGCAGGAGGAAAGCUUUCUGUCUCGAAGACCCGUACUUGAAUGACUGCCUUGAUCUAGAAAGCAGAAGUUUGCUAGAGGAAGAAAAGCAUUUCCUGGAGCAGGCAUCUUUUGACAGACAGGCCCCAGAUCAACCCUGGGUGUUUCAAUGCAAUCCACUGGAGCCUGACAUCUUUUUUGUCAAUCACCGCAAAAUGUCAGAGCUUUUACACCACUUGACGAGAUGUGGGAAAACAGAUGACCUGCUCUAUGGAGUCAUCAUGAACUUCAGCUGGCUUUAUACCAUGAUAAAAAUUGGCCAGUUUGACAAAGCCCUUGCAGACAUUGAGGUGGCUUACAACUACUCACAGGAGAAGGAACUGAAGUUUCUGGCCAGCACCCUUAGAGGCAUCAAAAGUAAGAUUAUCACAUUCCCUGGCUCCCUCUCUGCCGAGCUCCAGCAGAGACUUCUUCCAGUUGUCAGUUCAUUACCCAAAUUGAGGCACCUUCUUUUGGAAUGUGACAAAGAUGGACCUAAAUACUGCUCCAUUGUCCCCUUACAUUCUUCUAUGGAUGUGACUUACAGCCCCGAAAGGCUUCCCUUGUCAUCUAGUCAUCUGCAUGUCACCGAAAUUUUGCCUACUUGUAACCCAAGUACUGUCCUCACAGCUUUGGAAAAUGGCUCCAUCAGCACAUGGGAUGUAGAGACUCGUCAGCUACUGAGGCAAAUCACCACAGCCCAGUCAGUUAUUCUGGGCAUGAAGCUCACCACAGAUGAAAAGUACCUUGUGGUAGCCACGACCAACAAUACCUUGUUGAUUUAUGACAACAUAAAUUCCUGCCUCCUGUCCGAAGUUGAAAUCAAAGGAGCCAAGCAUGGAAGUGGUUCGAAUUUCAUCAAUGGGUUUACCUUGUCAAUUACACAUGCCCUUGCCUGGUUGGAGGCCAGCAAAGAUGUCACUGUCAUUGAUCUACUUUAUGGAUGGCCUCUUUAUCAGUUCCACUGCUGGUAUGAAGUCACUUGUGUUCAGUGUUCUCUGGAUGGAGUGUAUGCUUUCUGUGGGCAGUAUCUAAAUACCACCACCAUAUUUCAUUUAGGGAGUGGAGAAAAGCUCUCCACUGUGACUUCAGAAUUUUCAGGUGGCUUUGUGAAGUUUCUUCUCAUCUUGGACACAGCACAGGAAAUGGUAAUGGUUGACAGCGAGGGCAGCCUUUCUAUUUGGAAUACUGAGGAAAUCACCAAUCCCCAACUAACAGAUGAUUUUGAUUGUCGAAGAGAAGACAGUGAAGUUGUCAGCAUUGAACUUUCUGAGGACCAAAGUGCAAUUCUUAUCUGCAAAGCCCUCAGCAUAGAACUCUUAGACACUACAAUGUGGAAGGUGGCGGAAAAAUUCAGAGCCAAACACAAUGAGCGCUUUAUCUCUGCAGUGCUGUCCAAAAAUGGCGACUGCAUAAUUGCUACUAUGGAAAAUACCUCAGCUGUGUUUUUUUGGAGGAGGGACACCGGACAGUGUGUGGCAAGCUUACAGGAAAUCUCAGGAACCAUAGUCAAGCUGGUCAAGUCGAAUCACCAUAAUAUGCUGCUAUCUUUAUCUACCAGUGGUGUCCUUUCUAUUUGGGACAUAGAUAUAAUUACAGCAAUGUCCAAUAUAGACAAGACAGGAAAACCCAUCCAAAGACUGGUGUUACCUGCUAGAGGUGAAAUAAUUUAUUCCCUAGAUGGGUCUGAAUCUGUCCAUAAGUGGAACUUUAGCAAUGGAUUCAUUGAGGCAGAAUUUAAGCAUGAAGGCAUUGUAGAGCACUGUGUGCUCACCUCCUCUGGGGAUGUGAUGGUGACAUCAGAUGACAAAUGUAGCCAAUACGUGUGGCACACCAAUAGUGGUGAAAACCUCUUUCGCAUUAAUGGGCAAAGAAUAUCCCAGCUGCUGAUUACACACAAUGAUCAAUUUGUGGUUUCACUCUGUGAGGAAAACGCCUCUAGGGUUUGGCGACUGGCCACAGGCCACAGGGUGUGCAAUAUUCUCACUCCUUUACAGAAUGCAUUUAUAACCUCUGCAAAUACAUUUGUGGUAGGCAUCACAAAAAACAAAGUGUUGGCAGUCAGCUUAUGGACAGGAAGUAUCACCAAGAAGUUCUGCUGCGAGGAUGGGACCAUGAUUGUAAAUUUCAAAUUGAUACCUGACUGCCCUGAUAUCAUCGUAUUUAUAACAUCAACAGAAACUGUGAACAUCUGGAGCCUGACAGACGAAGUCAUCUGCCGACGUGUACAACUUCCAAACCAUUUCUUAAAAAAUCUAGAGGACUUUGAAAUUUCUCCCAAUGGGAAACUAGGCAUUAUGUCCCGGGGGGAUGAAAAUAUAAAUGUUCUUGAUCUGCACAGUGGGAAGCUACGAGUGGUACAUGCUGCUGGAAUCAUCUGGCGGCAAAGGCUAUCUCGAGACGGUCGCUACCUAGUCUAUAUUUGUUUCCGAAAUGGAGAAGAGGAAGAUGACAACGGUGCGGUCUCCAGCUUAAUCGUCAUGAGACUUGCAGAUGGUAAAAGCAUUGGUGCUUGUUCACUUUAUAAGACACCAACAUAUCUUGCACUGUCACAGAGGCACUUGAAUAUUAUUGUUGGUUUUGAUGACGGAAGUAUAGGGAUUUAUACUGUAGUGGACCGGGUCGAUGCAGCAUUGAAAAUUAAAAUUGCCACUUCAAACAGCCGGCAAAUUUUCAACAGUGCAACACAAGCAUCCAGGCCAAAGUGUAAUAGUUAUUGCUUUAAGGCUACUGCAGAUUGUAUUUGGAGAGAAUCCACUGAGGUGUUUGCAAGAGAUAGCCCCAUCACAGUGACUGAUCCCACAGAAACAACUGAAGCAACACCGACCAAAAAACACAAUCCUUAUGACCGGGUGUGCUCUGCCAUAGAGAGCAGAGGCCACAGUUUUGCUGCUGACAACUAAUUACAUGUUUAGACAGGUUUACUGAAAUUCAUGAUAUGCAUUUGUAAGUCUGUCUUCUAUAUCAGAGGUGGAAAUGGUGCAUUUCUUAGGCAAAGUGAAAUACAAGUGACUGGUAUUUGUCCACAGAUGUGUAAAAACUACAGAGAUGGCAACAUAUUUUGCUAUAGUUUUCUUGAGAUUAAUCCAUGAAAAUCCUUUUUUCAAUGGCUCAUCAUUAUAUGGAAGUGACCCUGCAUUCUCAAAGGCUGUAACAACAGAAUGCAAGCUCUGGUAGGUCAAAAAGGCUUUGAGAAUGGGUCCUGCAAUAGAUGGCAUAUGUUGCCCAAGCACUACCCUAACUAAAUUCAGAGAAGCUCAUUUUUGUAGAUUUGAUUACCAGGUGAUUGAUUAUUUUUUGGCCACAGCAACUCUUCAAACUACAGACUAAAAUAUGGAAAGACUGUGAUCCACCAAAUAUGAAAUCUUUACUGGGCAUUUCUAGCAAUACUCUUUACAUUGCUGUUUCAUCUAGAAGUUAGAAAAUAGUACAGUAUAUUGACUCUAAGUCUAUAUUUGCCAGAAGUAUAACCUCUUCAGUUCACUAUAUACAAUAGGCAGGGUCUACACACACACACACACACACACACACACACACAGAGCAGUUUGACCAAAAUCAUGUGUCAUGCUUUUUUCUUUUAAAGUUAAAUUCAAACAACCAUUACUUUGUCUCCAUGAUGCCAAAUAAUUCUUGUUUGGCAACAUUUGAUUGUUAAUAUUAUAUAAAUACAGCCUUAACUCCAUUCUACUUUUUACCAUCCAGAUAGCAAAGACUUAUAUCUGGGGAUAAAGGAAAGAAAGUGAGAAAGGGGAAAGUAAUUUAACAGUCCUGACCAUAUGAAACUCUCCAGCGACUACAUCCCAACAUAAAAAGAAAAUACCUUUGAAGGAUGUGAAGAUGCGAAGCUAUAAGCUGGAUGGGACAAGAAUCAAUUGGCAGCUAAAAGGGCAACCCAGAUGCAGAAAAUCAGUCUUGCAAAAGUUGUAUAUGUGGGUUUUUAUACAAAGGAGGAAACCAUUUCUUUAAAAGCUGUUUCCCAAGUUAUAAAAGAACAUGUUUAAUACUAAAAAUUCAUUCAUUUUUUAAUGUCACUUUCAAAGUGCAUAUUUUGCUAGAUGUAAUGUAUGCUCACAUAAGGACAUUACAAAUGUAGUUAAACUGUUCCAUUCUAUUAUUGCAUUAAAAAGUUACUCUUUACUCUCUUAAAAGAAAGUAUGAAUUAUCUCCUAAAUCCCUACACUGAAUUUCGACAGAAAGAAAGCUUUCUUGAUAUGCCAUGUACAAACUUCUGAUAACAUUUGCCUUACUCUCAUUCCUCUUCUGUCCUGUGUUGAACGCAGAGAGAUGACCAAAUACUCUGGGACUAACAGAAUAUGCCUGUUAUUUGUGCUAAAAUAUUCCAUAAAAUCUUAAGGCUGUCCAAAGGUUCUUUACUGUUCCUGUUUGUAAUAAAUUUCUUACUUCUACAUAUGUACGUAGGCUUAUUAUCUGUUUUACUUCCUGCUUUGGGACUGUUCUGAGCCUUUUAUAUAGUGUGAUCAGUUUCAAGGCAGAAGCUGUGAAAUAUCAAAUAUUUUUUAACUAUUCCACCUGAUUCAAGAAAAAUGGUUACAUCCCCAAAAACUGAAAGUGAUUUUUCCACCCACUACAUCGUACACAUGGCAUGUCCUUGGCUAAUUUUUAACAGAUUUUUUAAAGAGGAAAUAUCCUCUAGCAAGUGAAGUACUGAACAGGUAGGAGUUUUAGUUGUCUGUUUCUACCACUGACUUGCUGUGGGUCCCUGAGCCAAUCUUCUAACCUCUCUGUUUCUCACUUUUUCAACUAUAAAAUGAGGUUAGUGGUAGUUUACCUAUAUCCCCUACAGGAAAAUUGUGAGAUUGCGUGAUAUGAAAUAUAGUCAACUCUGCAUUAUUGAUACUAAUGGAGAAAAGUUGAAUGGCAUAUCACUCAUGUCUUUUAUAUUUGACCUUGAAAUGUAGUCUGAGAUACUAACACCCUGAGAUGUGACUCAGAUACAAAUUAUUAUCCCACUCCAUGCCAAGGCCAGAUCUUCUAUGGUCCUAUUAGCCUGAGUCCAAAUCAGGUAGUAGCCAAGAGGUAGACCCAGGUACUUGUAUACAUAGAUACAUAAUCUAGAGUUGAUUAUAUAUGAAAGUAUUCAUCAGAGACAGACCAAGAUCAUUUAAGGUAUCACUAUUAAUAUUAUGAGUAGUAUGAGUUGGACCUCUGUGCCACUAAAUUUCUAAAAGUCAUAUGCCAAGAUGAAUUACAUGUAGUGUGUGAAUGUUCUAUGUAAAAGCCAAUUUAGUAAGUAUUGAGUGAUUUGAAUGAUUUUUCCUAACUUGUUUGCAACUUCUAGAUCAUACUGAAUGUUUUUAUGUAAACUUUGUAUUGUUGGGAAGAAUUACCCAAUCAGAGAUUUAUAUUUUCUUAAAUGUUACAUUUAGUUACAUUUUGUUACAGAGUUGUUAAACUAGAAUAUUAUUGCAGUCUUCAAACAAUAUACAGUCUUGUGUAUGCAUUGUUUGUAUGAAUAAAAGAUAAACUAAUUUGCUUUGGAGUUUUUUGGAGUAUUUUCCAAGUUUUGAU